CCCUCCCCCUUAAGACCCCACUGCUUAGCUCGCGAAAGACUGCACAAAUGGACCCCAGCAGGAGCCAACACGCGCCUUCCAACCAACAGCCACACAGAAGCCCACAUAUCAGAAGAACAACUAGACCGCAUCCUACAAGUCAUGGGGUCUUCGUGGGCACAAUCCACGAAGGAGACCUAUGGGGCGGGACUACUAGUAUUCCACGUAUAUUGUGAUUCGCAGAAGAUACCGGAAACUCAGCGCUGCCCAGUUUCCCCCACCAUCCUUCUAUCCUUCCUAGCAAGCUGUGCAGGCUCCUACUCAGGCACUGCGCUCGCCAACUAUACCGCAGGCUUGAAAGCCUGGCACCUGCUCCACGGGCGCCCCUGGAUCGUCAACGCGAAGGAACUCAAAGCAGUCCUAGACGGCGCCACAGCGCUAGCACCAGAAUCAUCCAAAUGUUCAAAGCGAGAACCGUUUACCGUAAAUAUCCUUUCCACCAUACGCACCUUCCUUAAUUUAGACGACCAUCGAGACGCCGCUAUCUUCGCCUGCAUCACCACAACCUUCUACGCCAUCGCGAGGUUGGGAGAAUUCACCGUCCCUACGAUAAAGUCGUUCGACCCGGUGAAACACAUAUCACGCUGCCACGUUUCCACCACAGUAGACCGCAAUGGUCUCCCAGUCACCAAGUUCCACUUACCAACCACGAAAGCAUCUCCAGUCACCGGAGAAGAUGCUUUCUGGUCAGCACAAGAAGGACCAUCGGAUCCGCAGACAGCGUUAGAGAACCAUCUCCGCAUCAACCCCGCUAGCGAGCUAACGCACUUAUUCGCCUGGAAACAUCCCAAAGGAAUGAGACCUCUCUCCAAAAGAGAGGUGACGAAGAGACUCGCGUCUGUCGCCCAAACAGCCAGCCUCCCCGAUCUCAAAGGGCACGGCUUGAGAAUUGGGGGCACGCUAGAAUACCUGCUGAGGGGGGUCCCAUUUGACGUCGUCAAGUCCAUGGGGAGAUGGUCCAGUGACGCCUUCACUAUCUACCUCAGAGAUCACGCAGUCGUCAUCGCGCCUUAUAUCCAAGCUCUAACUCCAGCGCUCGAGCCGUUAUCUCGCCCGUCAAUGCCUCCAGUACGACGGUAA